AUGAUUACAAACUUCGAUAAAUUAUGUACAGAAUUAGAAAAACAAGAACUGGAGGCAACAAAUGGAGUAGCUUCUGCAUCUACUUAUUCACAAUUACUAGCGAUAUAUCUGUAUCAAAAUGAUUUAUGUAAUGCUAAAUUCUUAUGGAAAAGAAUACCACAAAAUAUUACAACAAGUAAUCCGGAAAUAUUGGCUAUAUGGGCAGUAGGCCAAAAGCUUUGGAAAAAAGAUCUUGCUGGCACCUACCACGCCUUGGCUGCUUACACAUGGACUGAACCAGUUGCAAAUAUUAUAAGAGCUCUUGAAGAAAAAGUUCGUGAAAGGGCUUUCAAUCUUAUUGGAAGAUCAUACAGUUCAAUAUCUCUAGACACAGUAGUACUAAUGACUGGUUUAAGUCGUGAGGCAGUACUCCAAAUAUGUAGGGAACGCAAAUGGGAAAUUCAUACUGAUGGUAUCACAAUUAAUCCAUCCCCGCCUGUUCAACCUUCUCCUCUACAUACAUCCAGCGAAGACCAGCUUUUCAAGCUUACCGAGUUUGUAUCGUUCUUAGAAAAU